CGGGCGAGCAUGGGGGGCAAGCAGAGCACGGCGGCCCGGUCCCGGGGGCCCUUCCCGGGGGUCUCCACGGAUGACAGCGCCGUGCCCCCGCCGGGAGGGGCGCCCCACUUUGGGCACUACCGGGCGGGCGGUGGGGCCAUGGGGCUGCGCAGCCGCUCGUUCAGCUCAGUGGCGGGCAUGGGCAUGGACCCCAGCACGGCUGGAGGGGUGCCCUUUGGCCUCUACACCCCCGCCUCUCGUGGGACCGGCGACUCGGAGCGGGUGCCCAGCGGCAGAGGGUCCGCAUCCGACGGAUCCACCUAUGCCCAAGGCAAUGGUUACCAAGAGACCUGCGGUGGUCACCAUAGAGACGGGAUGCUGUACCUAGGCUCCCGAGCCUCGCUGGCGGAUGCUCUACCUCUGCACAUCGCACCCAGGUGGUUCAGCUCGCACAGCGAUUUCAAUUGCCCCAUUUGCUCCAAGUCUGUGGCUUCUGAUGAGAUGGAAAUGCACUUUAUAAUGUGUCUGAGCAAACCUCGCCUCUCCUACAAUGACGACGUGCUGACUAAAGACACCGGCGAGUGUGUGAUCUGCCUGGAGGAGCUGCUUCAGGGAGACACGAUAGCCAGGCUGCCCUGCCUGUGCAUUUACCACAAAAGCUGCAUAGACUCGUGGUUUGAAGUGAACAGAUCUUGUCCAGAACACCCUGCGGACUGACCCUGCUGGGCUCGCUUGCUGACUCCUCUCAAAGAUUGCUGUCUGCUGCCCGGCUAGAACCCACCCAAUGACAAAGGGACAGAGCCAGGUUCAAUGCUGAUGGUGCGAGAGACGCUCGCUCGGUCCUCCUGGCCCAGCGCCCCAUCGGUUCGGCCCUCGCCAUCAACAACCGCCCGGCCUUGGUUUUCUUUGCCCAUUUUCCUGGCUUGGCUUUGCACUUUUCUCCCCUUGGGACCCUGAGAUCUUGACUUCAUUGCCAAAUAAAACAACCCUCGGAAGACCUCCCCCUUCAUUCCUGAUUCUUCUCCCUCCUUUCCUCCUGGUUCUGGUCAGUUCAGAGAACUUCACAAUCACAAGUGUCCUGCAAAAAUGCCUGAACAUUUUUCUUAGGCCCUUGUGGAUUUUUUUUCCUGAAAACUUAAACAAACAGAAGACUUAUUAAAGGAACAUGUACAGCUACCGUUUUCAGGCACUCUGUUUGAGAACAUUUUAGCCAUUGAUGUUCACACAUGGCAUCAGCCCAUGCAAGAUAGGUUUCUGUAUUUAUAUAUUAAAAUACCAAAAAAAACCACCCUUAUAAAAUGUUUUAAAAAAUGUUCGAAGUUGGGGGCAAAGCUUUCUUCAUUAGUCAAGAUGUUUUGAUAUGGUAUUAAAAUCAUGUCUAAUAAAAAAAAA